CUAUUUAACUUUUGUGGCGAUAAGGUGGAAUUUCCCCCCUUUUUCUUCCAACACGACACACUCAUAUAUAGACACAAAAAUACCACUAACUGUGUCCCGUGUGUCCAUUUGGAAGAAGAAGAAAAAAUAUAUAUACUGUGCUAUAUAUAUAAUAAUAAAAUAUAUGUGGGCAUAUAUAGUAGUGUGGUGUCUGUGAUGUUCGAUUGCCAUACAUACUAUGGUUUUUCGGUGUUUUGAGCGAUGCUCUUGUGCGUUUUGCUCCAUGUCAUCGUUGUCAGUCAUUGAGAGAGUGUCACAGAAGUCACACGCAAAGUGAUCUUUCCUAUUAUAUAUAUACAUACAUAUAUAGUAAUAUAUAUAUAAUUCUUUGAGAUAUUUGAGGAGGGAGGCAAUCAUACUCCAAGACUCCCCAUAGAAGGUGCCAAAACUACUGGACAAAUAAAUAUAAUUCAGUGUCUGGUGGAAAGUCAACGGAUAGAGACACAAAAAAGUGGCAGUGCAUCUUACGACGGUAUCUGAAGAAUUUUAUUUGAUCCCAACAAUAGGUGCAUUUGUGUGCUCAAAGAGUUCAUCUUUCAGUAUAAAUUCUUUUUUUCUUUUUCUUCAUUUUUUCUUUUGUGUGUUUUAUUCGUAGAAGAAAGAAUUCCCACAAAACCAGAUACAUAUACUGAAACGAAUGAAUUGAAAAAAAACUCUAUUCCCUCCUCCAUAGAAUAUUAUUCCAUUGGAGUUGACUCCGUCAAAACAUCACAGAAAAAUCCACAUUAUUCCCGUGGUUGGUAGUAAAAUUAGAAAUUGUUGUUUUCAAUGAGACAGAUCACACACAGUUGAAAAAGCAGUGGAGUGUUGUAGGUUAUUUAAUUUUUCCGCCGCUGAGCAGGGGAGGGAUAGAGCCGCAGUGGUGUGUGCAUGAGAAGCCACAAACAAGAAAAUCAAAAGUAAAAGUGAUUCUUCAAAUAGGCCCCCACAACACAACGUGAAACAAUAUAAUUUAGUAGUGUAAUUAUGUCAUGCACUCGACCAGUUAAUGAAAAUAACACUAUCGAUCUGUGAGCAUCUGAAGAAAGACAACAUCGGGAGUGUGCAAAGCCAAGAAACGUGACAUCUUGCCGAUUUCCUGUUUGCUUUUAAGAAGCUAACUUACUGGAGUUCCAGAAGAAUCCGUAAUAUAUCAGCAGUGAGAACUCCUCUACGGAGGAAUGAGUCCUGAGGACGAUAUUCGUACGGAGACGCGUGUGCCAUCGAUAGACGGGAUGUCGAGUGGACGGGGCUGGCAACCUAUUCCACAAACCGAUGACGGCAUCACACAUUCAGAGGAAAAAGUCAAUGGUGGCUUGGCAGCCUCACCGAAUACAUCUCCCCUCAAGAAUGGUCGCAAUGGCAUCACAAAAAAUGCAAACGGUUGUCACACGUGGAGCCCACUCUUACCCACAGACGACCGAUUGGCCAACAACAAUGACUGGUCAAAAGGUCCACCACAUCUUGCCGCCAACAGUCACCAACCCAUACCCAAUAGGGAUGCAAGAAAUGGUGGGUGGCGAGAGUUACCGCAGAGUGAGGAGCAAUCAAAUGGGAAGCACAGCGGCCAGGGCAACAACAACGGAUCCUUGCUGAUCAAUGGCAAGACGGUGUAUACACAACCCAAGAAUGGGCAUACGGACAAAGUAUCAGCCGAAGCUGAUCCCCUCACGGGACGUAGGCCUACACCGGAGGAUGACUCAAGCUGCGGCAUUGGAUCCUGUAAGCCCAAAUGGGCACGUAGUUUCGCCACAACACACGUCUUUAUGGUUGUGUUCUUGCUGGCGUGGAUAUUGCAGGGAAUGUACUACACAUACUUUGUUAGUGUGAUAACGACAAUAGAAAAGCUGUUCCAGAUCAAAUCCAAGACGACGGGAAUGCUGAUGAGUGCCACAGAAGUAGGUCAAAUCAGUACCGCCCUUUUUCUCACAUACUACGCAGGACGAGGUCAUCGACCCAGGUGGAUCGCUUGUGGAAUGGUGCUUUUUGCAAUUGCUUCCUUUGGUUGCACCCUGCCGCAUUUUAUCUAUGGCGACCAACUUUUGCACGCCAGCAAUGUCUUCAAUGGCGGCAGUGGAAGUUCCAAGGUAUUGGAUACAUCCUCUCAGGGUGUUUCGCUAGUCACAAGCUCCGCAACAAGUCCCCUACUUUCGGAAUCAAAUCUCAAUCUAUGCCUCGCUAAUGAAUUCAACUCAAGUAUGGGAUUCGAUGGUGAUUGCCAAGAUGAUAUAUUGAUAGAACAAGAGAAUCACUCACAACUCACAACUAUAGUUCUGGUUAUCUUCUUCGUGAGUCUACUUGGUGUAGGUGUGGGACAGACAGCCGUAUCAACUCUAGGAAUUCCCUAUAUUGAUGAUAACGUUGCAAGCCGCGAAUCCCCCAUCUACAUUGCCAUCACAAUUGGCGUACGGAUAUUGGGUCCUGCAGCGGGCUUUAUUCUAGGUUCAUUCUGCACGCGUGUGUACGUGAAUAUAUCAGUUGAUCCGGGAAUUGGACCGUCGGACCCUAAGUGGGUGGGCGCCUGGUGGUUGGGUUUGGUCUUGGUUUCAUCCCUGAUGGCUCUAACAUCCCUGGCAAUGUUCUCCUUCCCGAAGCACUUACGUGGCAAUCGUAUACCACCGCCUGAGAAAAUGCGUGCAAUUGAGGCACAAAAGAAGAUGGAGAAGCAAGAGGAAGAGUACAAAACACCCCAACUAAAGGACUUUCCAAAGACAAUUAAACGACAACUACGUAAUGAUAUUCUAAUGUUUAGGACAGCAUCAUCAGUGCUGCAUCUCCUACCCGUAGCCGGCCUGUACACCUUCCUGCCCAAGUACAUGGAAUCUCAGUUUCGACUCACAGCGCACGAUGCAAAUCUAAUCUCGGGCGUGGGUGGUAUUCUAGUUAUGGGUGUGGGUAUUGUCAUUAGUGGGGUGGUGAUACUCAAAUUCAGCCCCACGGCACGAUCGGUAGCUGCAUGGAUUGCUUUUACGGCAAUGGUGUACGCAUGCGGAAUGGCCAUUCUUAUGUUUGUUGGAUGCCCCAUGGAUGAUUUGGUGGGUUUCCGACCGGAAAAUCGGGCACCACAGGCAAAGUUUGAGCCCACGUGCAACCUCACGUGCCAGUGCGAUUUGGAUCGUUUCUCACCCAUUUGUGGCUCCGAUGGGCUCACCUAUUUCUCCUCUUGCCAUGCCGGUUGCAAUAGUAGUGUGACAGAGAAUGGUCGAAUGACCUUCACAGGAUGCCAAUGCAUCCCACCUAAUCUCGAAUAUCCGCAUCUACCAGAUGCUGUUAGUGGAUACUGCGAUGGGAACUGCAAGAAUUUUUGGCUCUUCAUCUCGCUUUUCUCGUUCUUCGUCUUCAUGCAUAGUACAUCCGAAGUUGGCAGUAUGCUUCUCAUAAUGCGAUGCACGGAUCCCAAAGACAAAGCCAUGGCAAUGGGUAUCAUACAAUUUGCCAUUGGUCUUUUUGGAAAUGUUCCUUGUCCUAUUAUCUACGGAGCUGUCGUAGAUUCAGCCUGCCUGGUUUGGGAGACAGUAUGUGGAAAACCAGGAGCAUGUUCACUCUACAAUAUUCAAACUUUCCGUCAUCUCUUCCUUGGAGCUACUGCCGGAAUAAUGGCCCUUGCCUUCCUCAUGGACUUGGUCGUGUGGAAGAAAGCACAUCGAAUCGACAUCGACCCUGGGUCCAACUCAGAGACUGACCAAGAAAAAUCAACAGUGCCUGAAUCACGUGUUUAAAAAGUUAUUAAUGUUAAAAAAAAUUUAUACAUAUAACUUCGAUAGCUACUGAUUAUAUUUGUACAUAUUCACAUCCAAUUCUACAAAAAGAAAAUGAAAAUUGGAUGAUUGUGUAUGGAACAGCAUCGAAUAAUCGAUGGUGUGUCAUUUUUUUUAAGUUGUUACUUUAUCAAAAGAGAUCCUAAAAAAUGAAAAAUAAGUUUUAGUGCAAGGCGAUAAUAUGCAUAGAGUAUGUGUAGGUAUGUGAAAAUGAAAAAUUGUGAAUGAUAAUGUUAAUUAGUGAUAAAAUGGCGGUGAUUAUCUUGAUAAACACAGGCUAUAAUAUUUCUCUUGCUUUUUUUAUUUAGUUUUACUUUAGAUGAAGUAAAUAAUGUGUUAUUAAUAUUAAUUAAUUGUUUUAUAUAUAAUGUAUUUUUUAUAUAGAGUGUGAACAAAAUGAAAAUCUCAGUUAAUUCUUUUUUUUACAUAAUAAAUUGUAUAUAGUUUAUAUUAUCUCAAGAAAUUAUGCAAUAUCUUUCUCUUCCAACAUGAUCAAGAAUCUUUUCAUAUCGGCAAUUUUUUAUUUUAUUCUCUGUGCUAGUCUCAGUGUAUCCAUUUUUUUGUAUCUUAUUUAGUUUCUCACAACAAAGGGGCAAUGUGUAAUUUCGUGUUUUUUUUCUUCCUCAAAUAUCAAUGAGAAUUAUUAGUUAAUUCAGUUUUAAUCACACGUUCAAGUAUGCACUUGAUUAUCUUUUUUUUUAUAAAAUAUCUCCCAAACUCUAUCGGCCAAGCAAAUGAGAAGAAAAAAAUAUUGUGCCAUAGUAAUUGAGUAUUUUUUUUCGGUUGAAGCAUUAAUUAAAAUGGAAAUUAUUUGUUGCAGGAUAUAAAACAUUUAAAAAAAAAUAAUGCGAUCAUACUUUCAGCUAGUGAUGAUUUAUAAUUAUAAUUUUUUAGUCAAUGUUUUAAGAGAAUUUAUAGUGAAAAUGAUAAUGAUUAGCGAAUACGUAUACACUAUGCUUACAUUUUCCGUCUUUUAUAGAGAGUAAAAUGUAAUCUUUUUUUAUAUUAAUAAUGUGAGAAAAAAAAGAUUUUUUUCUACAAUAAAAAAUAUAUAAUUUGUAUUUUAUUUUCUACUAAAAUUAUAGGAAAAAAAUACAUCCUAAUUGUCCUCCAAACAAUUCAACCACAAUCCAAAAAACUGCCGAUCUGUUUUGUAAAAAAAAAGAAACUUUACAUAUUUACGUAUUUCAUGAAAGAAAGAAAAAACAAUGCAGAAAUGAUUCUUUUGCAUUGCAAUUAAUCUAAUAUGGAUUAAUUACGUUUAGAGAAGGCAACAAUAAAUAGAGAAUUUAUAAUUUGAUAAAUGCCAGUAACAAACAUGUUAAAUAAAAUAAAUAUUUUCUUUUUUAAAUGAUAUUUCUUUUAGAAUAAAAUAUAUCUAUUUCAAAUAUUUUGAAACGAUUUUUAUACCUCAUAGUGUUUUUUUUUAUAUUACAUAUAUACAAACUAAUGUUAGUGUACCUAAUAUAAUGGCCCUGACAAAUGAAUAAAUAAAAAAUCACAAAAAUAUAUUAUUUUUCUGAUAUAGGAACAGGAUUAUCAAAAAUUUAUUUUCUUCACAACUUUUUUUACGAUAAAUAUUGUGGACGUAAAAUUGUGCAUGAUGGAAAAAGAUGAUGAAAAUAAAAAGAAUGUUUCUAUA